AUGACGCGGGAUCCUGCCACACAGGGAGGGAUGCUGAUUCUAUUCCAUGCUGUGAUCACCCCAUUACUCUGUGUUAUUCAUGCCAUCCCCUUUGGCAAUGAGAGUGCCCUCAUCAAUGAUACUACAGUCAGUGGCAGGGUCCUCUUCUCCCCACGGGUCACCCUUUCCACCCAGGAGCCCAGGGCCUCCCCCUUGGUCAAAGACUCCAAAGCCCAUCCAGAGCAGUUAGUGUGUGACAGCAUCAGUACAUGGGUGACGGACAGACGAACAGCGGUGGACAUUACUGGCAGAAAUGUGACAGUGCUUUCUACAGUCCAAACUCCUAGAGGCAUGCUCAAGCAAUAUUUCUAUGAGACCAAGUGUAGUCCUGCUGGCAACAUGGCAGGAGGUUGCCGGGGCGUGGACAGGCGUCACUGGACCUCUGAGUGCAAGACUAAACAAUCAUACGUGAAGGCCUUCACUCAGGAUUCUGAUGAGCGUGUGGGCUGGCGCUGGAUCCAGAUCGACACCUCUUGUGUCUGCUUCCUGUCCGUCCACACAGGCCAGACAUAG